AUGAUUCUGCGAUUUUUAAGGUCGAACUUUGGAGGACCGAUAUGCCUCGAUUGUUACCGAGCAAUCCACAAAACUGAUAGUAAUGGUCGUAGUGGCCGUAAAAUUAAAAAGAUCUUUACGAUUGUGGACCAAUAUUCAUCGAGAGUAGCACAGAAACAGUGCCCAAGGCUGCUACCGCUGUACACUCGCCAGCAUCCAGUAACAAACCUACAACAGCAAAGAAAUACUCAUAUUCGGUUAUUCCACACUACAAAGCCAGUCGCUGCACCUAUUGUACCUAUCCCUGCUAUCAUAUUAGGAGCACUGAAAACGGGAAAGCUUGUCAGCUUUGUAUCGCUUUCAUCCAAAACCUCAUUGACAUUACUUCCUCAUACAUUCCGAAGAGGCAAUAAGAGUGAGACUAUUGCGAGGAUAUUGGCUGGCAUACCACUAUUUGGUUUCACUUUAUUAUUGGUGAUAGGUUUAGAUCAGGCACCAAAUACAUCUCGACUGAGAUUGAUUUAUUUAAGUGAAGAAGAAGAAGAAGCGAUUGUGAAUGCAGAAAUAGAUGAGCUAUUACAAACACAGAGUGGUUUGGUAGCUCCAAAGGAUAAUGAAGUCGUCAUGUGGUUACAAACAAUUGUUGAUAAUUUAGCAGCCUCAGCCGUAGAUGACAUACGUGACCCAGUGAGACUUUAUGAAGCAAAUGAUGUACCCCUGCUCCACCAGCACCAAAUACAACAGGAGCCGUUUGCAUCUUUAACAACGCCUUCUUCGCCUAGUGAUGUUGUACUAACCGCCCCGACACGAGGAGACAUCGAAAAAGAAGGCGAAGUCUCUCGUCCUGUUAUUCAUCCACGACGUUUUGAAGUAGAUGUCAUAUGUGAUUCUAGUACUGUAAAUGCAAUGUGUGCUGGUUCUCGCAUCGUAGUUUAUAACUUGUUGCUAGAUUACAUGGAAUAUGAUUCAACGAGAUUGGCUGUUAUUUUAUCUCAUGAAAUUGCGCAUUCUAUUCAGCGUCACUUUGUUGAGCAGCAUGGAUUUGCGUCGCUUAUGCUUAUGCUGGGUGAUAUAACAAGAGGUGUAUUUUGGAUCAUGACAGAAUCAUUAGGCCCCUACGUGAACCAAAAAAUUAACGAAUGUAUUUCGACUUUUGUAACGUUGGAAACUCAAACAAUUUACAACAGAAAGUUAGAAAAAGAAGCGGACCUUGUAGGACUAAAAAUUCUUGCAAAAGCUGGAUAUGAUCCUCGAGUAGCAAUUGAUGUUUGGCAGAGGAUGGCAGAACUGGAUUCUGAAAUCCAGGCCGCUGUGACGAGUGGCAAUGAAGGUAGUCAAAAAAAUGCACGAAGAAGAGCAAUAACGACCAUAAAUAGUUCCGCAAAUUCAUCAUCGCCUUCAACGGCACCACCAACGUAUGAGGAUUUGGAAUUUGGUGUGCGUGAGUUUUUGGACUCGCUUGUCAGUUCUUGGUUUGGCUCUAGUCACCCACCUAGUUUAGAAAGGAUAGAGUACAUGCGAGAAAAUAUGGACGAGGCCGUAAGAAUCUAUAAUGAAACACUAGAAAUUAAUGGUCCAGCGAAAGACUUUAUAUUCAGCGAGGAUCUUCAAAAACAACAAAGUGAAGCAUGGCUGUUGAACCGCAUUAACGCAACUGAAUGGGUAUCUGUAGUAAUGAACUGGCUCUCUUCAGUUAGCGUAUGGUUUGUGUCAUCCUCAACACAUUCCACUGUUUAA